AUGAACAGGGCUGAUUUCUCUCGUGCCUAUGUAGACUCGUCGCUCGCCGUAUCAAACGCAAAUAUCGCCCAGCCUGCUGCCAGACCCGCUGAUCCCGCUACUACUGCAGCCCCUACCGCGUACUUCAUCAAGCCCCAGGGGUUUCGUCCUAACUCCCUUUUUGUCGGCCGCGAAGAGGAACUCGAGAAAAUGCAUCGCAUGCUUUUCGACCGCAAGCGCCGCGCCGAGGGCGUCGCUGCUGUUCUCAUCCAGUGCAUCCCUGGCGGUGGAAAGACUCAUCUUGCGCGCGAAUAUGUCUACAAGCACCUCCAGGACUUCCCCGGCGGCGUCUUCUGGGUCACUGCCAAGUCGCCUGAGCAACUGGAGGCUGGCUUCUGGCAUAUCGCUGCUACCGUCGCGUUACCGCCCGCGAAUGGCAGCGUGGCGGCGAAGCAGACGGAGGAUUUCGUCAGAUGCGUUAUUGACUGGUUCACGACCCACCACGACUGGCUGCUUGUCCUUGAUGGAAUCCACUUCGACCACAACGAGACUCUCAGUCGGUUUAUCCCCGAUAGCACGAAUAGCAGCCUUCUCUACACAUCCACCGAGCACAGUGUCGGUGGCGACCACCACUUCAUGAACCCGGAGGUUAUCAGAGUACCUCUGCUAUCAGCGCGCGAAGCGCAGGAACUUUUCCUUCAGGAACUGGGCCGAAAGAACCCGACAACAGACGACCUUGCCGAGGCGAUGAAGCUGGUGCAGCGAAUGGGAUUUCUGCCAGAGGUAAUUCAUGUGGCGGCGAAGAGGCUGAAAUCGACGCAGGAACCGUUGGCCAAGUUUGCGAGAGCCUAUGCGUCAGGGCCGAAGUUGAGGGCACUGGACACUUAUGUAGCUGUUGUGGAGCAGCUGCGGAACUCAGGGGCGGAUGAGGCAUUAAAUCUGAUCAGUAUACUGGCAUUCUUCAGCAGUAGUAUCCCAGUGGAGAUGAUUUCGUUAGGCCUCAAAUCAGUCGACAUCCCCGUCAAAACCUACGAAAUGGCCACCGGGCGCUCCCUAAACAACACCUUCAAAAUCCUCAACAGCUACGCCCUAAUCAGCCGCUCCGAACACGACCUCAGCCCCCACGCCUCCACCUCCUCCAAGUCCUCCUCCCACCUCCUCGCCGACGACCUCGACAUAAUCCGCAUCCACUCCGUCGUCCAAGACUUCUUCAUCGACUCCCUCCGCGCCGCCGGCACCCGCGCCGUCUGGCUCUCCCGCGCAAUGGUCCUAUUCACCAAAUCCUACGACCAGGCUUCCCAGCGCAUCCAAGCAAAGACCAAUGCGGGUCUCGUCGGCGACUUCCGCUCCUACGAGAUACACGCCCGCUGUCUCCUAGCCCAUCUCGCGCGCUUAGAGCGUAAGGGACCACAGCUCCCCGCUAUCCGCGAGCCGCUUGAAGCGUCGCUCCGAGACAUCAUGGCGGAGAUUGUGCGGCGGACUCGCGAGUCGUCGCUGGAUAUCGCUAAAGGCGGCAGCGAUGAAGCGUUUAUGUUGUCGAUUUUCGAUCGCACUAGCUCCUCGUCUGAUACUGGUCCGGAGACGCCCGGUCCUGCAGACUCAUAUCCGCCAGGUGCUCAUCUCUGGGGUAUAGAGGUUUCGCAACUGGAAAGCCCAGUUAGCGUGAAUGAUUUCCCACUGAAGUUCCCUGCCAUGCCGGAGGUUGAUGAUGGGUAUGACUCAGACUGGUCAUCCAACGCCUCCGCCUCCGUCAUAAUGCGCGGCUCCCACUACUCCAUCGGCCCCGGCAUCGCUACUCCCACUAACCCCACAAACACAAACACCAUCACCUCCCCGACGCUCCAACUCGACUCCCCCACACCCACAAAAGAAGAAUGGACCGUCGUCCCCCCCCGCCACCCCCGCACCACCCUCCCCCGCGCAGACCUCCACCGCACCACCCGCGCCCUCGAAGCAUCCCGCUACCACGACACCACAGGCGCCUUCCGCGCCGCCGCCGACCCCCGCGUCUCCCUCUCCCACGAGACCGCCAUGGGCGUCCUCGAGCGGCGCGGCCGGGGCGGUAACCGCGGCGAGGGGGUAAUGGGCAUACCCAUCCCCGGCGCGAAGGGGAAUCUGCCUAGUGGGCUCAGCGCGGCGGAGGUGGCGUUGGGGGAGAUUAGUAAGAGUUCCCCGCCGCCGAGUAGGGGAGGGGGACAUAUUCAGGAUAGGGGGAGGAGAACGAGUAGUCAGAGGAGACCGAGUGAGAUGCUGGGGGGGAAGAGUGCGGGGUGGCAGGGUGAGGCGGUCGCGGGGGAUACGAUUUUUGAAGCUGUUGGGAGUCCACUUUCGACUUCGACGUCCGGGUCAGGCACUGGAUCGGGACAGAAGAGAUCGAGGAGUAAACCCUCCCCGCGCCCGAGGCCAGCUACCCCGGCCGUGACGGCGCUAAGGGGUAUCCCCUACGAACCCCGCCGUCCCACAUCUUCCUCUUCCUCCUCCUCCGCCACCACAGGCGCCCCACCCCGACGAGAAGAAAACAACCUCUCCCCCCGCCCGCCAAUACGCAUGUACACCCAACCCUACCCCAUCUCCACACCUGACUUCUCCGCCCCCCUCCCCCCCGCCAAAUACCCCCGCCAAACAGGGCCUUUACCAAUCGAAUACGCACCCGCCCUCUCCACCGCCCCCGUCCUCAAAACCCCCGACGUCCGUCCACACGUCGCUAGCACCGUCAGCGCACCAACGCCGUACUUGUAUCCCCACGCCCCAGCCCCCGCGAUGGGCGGAUCUCAACAAGGCGGCUCGGGAUCGAGCUCAGGACAAGGACAGGGACGUGCGUAUUUUCCCCUCCUCCCCACGAACCCGCAACGACCCCGCCGCGUGGGCGGAUACAGUUCUCAACCUAUGUCGCGCAACGUCUCAGGCUACAGUUCCGCGCCUAUGAGUCGCGAUGCCUCAGCGGGGUUGUCAGCGCAGUCGGGGAGCGGGAGUGGAGGGUCGAGAAGCGGUGGGUCUAGGAGGAGUGGGGGAAGUGAUGGGGGGAUGCCGAUGGGGAUGGCGAGGGGGAGGGGGGAGAUGAGGAGAAGACCGAGUUUGGCGGAGACGGAACCGCCGCCUGAGUUGCCGAGGUUUAGUCCUGAGACGAGGGAGGGGGUUGAUAUGGGGUUUGGGGGGAUGGGGAGGUUUAAUUGAGCGGUUGGUGGGGGGAUGAAGGUGAGUGGGUGAUAGAGGGUGAGUGUCGAGGGUAGGCUGUCGAAGAUGGAUGAAGGACGAAGGACGACGGAGUAUGGAAAAAGAGGAGGAAGAAAUAGGAAAAAGAAAGAGGAGGAAUUAAUUUUGAUUCGAAGUUGCAUUUUGGACAGCAUGGACAAAAAGAUAAGGCGCGAUCUUGGGAUUUGUAUUUUUUUAUGUCAUCGGCAUGGAUAUAUAUGUGUGUAUGGGAUCUGCAUUUGGCGUUUUUCAUGGGAUUGGGAUCUGGAUGGGAUAUGAUAAGGGGAGUGGGCAUUGUUAUGGUAUCUUUAGAAAGGGAAAAAUCUUGGAUACGGCAUGAUAAUGGCGUCUAAAGGUGAUGGUGAGGAGGAGGAGGGGGUGUGAAUAGUGGUGUAGAUUAGACUGCUUGGCUGUGUAAUCAGUAUCAGUAUAGAUUAUAUCAAUUAGAUUGAAAACUUAUGACGGAG